CAGGUCGGUUUUCAUAUACGGAUUGAAGAUAUUAUUCCGUUCUACAUUUAUUUUAGUAUUUUUAUGUGUUGCAGUUAUGUAGCUUUUAUUAUAUACUUCGUUAUUCACCAAACAAAAGAAAUUGUAUUUUUAAAGGUUUUGAUUUGAUUUCAGAGUUGCACCUGCGCAAAGUAGUUUGUUUAUUACUGGUCGAAGAAGGCUAUUGUGGUAUAUGUGUUUAGGUUGAGUGGAUGUUGUAGAGGGACAGCAGUAAAAACGUUUUUCUUCAUACGGGUUUAAACCCCAUCCCUUGUAUUAUUUUCCUUUUAAUUAAUCCCAGUAUUUAGUAACAUAAAGUAUGUCGGCUUCACCAAUUGCUCGACAAGCUACUCAGUGUCAAACAAUUCCUUCAAGAAGAGUUGUAAUAAACGAUGCUUCACAGCUUCCAGUAGAUUAUUCAACGACGCCAGGAGGAACUGUAUACUCGACCACACCGGGAGGCACACGAAUUGUGUACGAGAGAGCAUUUCUCAUGCAACUCAGGAACUCUCCAAUUGCCAGGACACCACCUAAGAACUACCCAAAUUUCCCAGCAUCAUUGAUUAAGGGAGUUAACACACCAAAAGAAAAUUCCAAUAUCAUACAAAGUCCAAUAAAGAAGGAUGUGGUGAAUGAUGAGUCACAAGAUCAGUUCCAGAUGGAGAUCUAAGAAACACAGAGAGCUGUAAGUUGGAGAUGGAACCUGGCUGAUAAGUGUUUCAGUCAGCGUGUUGCUUUUCUUUUUAUUCAGCUCUGCUGGGCAAGCUUUGCCUGUAAAGGCAAUGCAAACCAGCCACUUUCAGUAUACUGGAAGUGGUAUGAUUAAUGAAAAUGGUACAGCCAUUAGAAUUAUUAAAAAAGACCAUAAAGAAUUAAUUCUGUAUUGAAGAAUGAUCUAUAAUGUAGGUUGACGUUGCAUUGGUGUCAGGAAGAGGAACUGUUGGUAAUGGGUGUUUUCUGAUGGUUGUAAGAGAGUUCUGUUUUACUUGGAGGAAUGUGUUGUUUUGCUCAAUUUGAGUGCCAUUUCUUGGAAUUGUCUUUUUUAUCUGCAUACGCAAGUUAAUUGGGUGCCAUUUGUUGUCUUUCUUUAUAUAUAUUUUCAUACAUAAAUUUGGUUCAAAGUAUUCUGAAGGAGCACUGGUUUAAAGUACGAAGUAAUUGUAUUUUGGUUUAAAAUUCUUAAAUGUUUUCUGUUUCAAGGAAUGUGUAUUGGUUUUCUCUGCUUCAUUAUGUGCAGGUACAAGUAACUACCAUCCUGAAGAAUUGUCACUAUAGACAAUGCAUAUUUAAAAAUAUAAUAUCAGUACUGUGAACUUAACAAACGUACCAUCAUAUCAACUUAGAAAUCAGUCACUUGUUUCUAAUCGACAACAAAGAAAGCUACCAGUGUUUUUAUACAUGUCAGUAGCAUAUAUAUGUGUGUGUGUGUGUAAAAUUGUGUUAUGUUUUGAGAUUUUUACUUUCACUAUUUUAAAACCGUAUGACAGUUCCUCACAGUAUUUUAACGUACUUUUACUCCAGAAAGAAGAAUGUAUUUCGAAGUACUCAUUUCAGUAUAACUUUGUGAGAAAUAGUACUUCUACAUUUUGCACUGUUUAAGUGGUUGUUACAUGCUCAGAAUUAUUUAAAAAUGGGUUAUUCUCAUUUUGCUUCUGUAGUCAUAUGAAAUGUUACUUUGUUUUGAAAGCUGAAUUUAGCAGGUUGAUUGCGAGUAGCAUAUGCAGUCUUGCAUAUACAGUCUUGUUUAUUAAUUUUUGUAUGCAUUUACAUGUAUUGUGCUUUGACAUCUUCCUAUUGGAAAAUAUGUAUUCUUAUAAUUGCGCUCUCUUCUGUGGUUACGUUGUAAGACCGUGGUAGAAAUCAGCAAGAUUCUUUUGACUCUUCCAGAACUGUGGAGUGAUAUGAAUUCUCUAGGGGGCUGGUUUGUUCCACCUGUACCAGUCGGGUGAAACAACAUAUUAAUACCAGUAAAUGUUUUACAUAUAUUUGUAAGAAAUUCUUGAGUGUUUUGUAUUGAUUUGAAUUCUUUAAAUUGUUUUAUUAUUAAAAUAUAUUAAGGGCUGGCUCAGUACCAGUGGGAUGUAUGUUCUGUGCAAAUUAUUUUUUAAAAUCAUUAAAAGUUGUGCUGUUUAUCUGUGUAUUUCUUUGAAGGAUUAUGUAACCAAAAGACAUAAUUAUGGAAACUGGAAAAUUACACGUUGCAGAUGUUUAAUUUGGGCUGCAUGAUAGAAUUGCGUAGUAAGAGUUGUUAUAUGAAAGUGGAAAAUAAAAUAUAUUUAAGUUGCCUUUGUACCUAAA